UCUGGUUUGAUUCCCCUCGGACUGUUUCUCUGGUUGCUCGUUGCACCCGGACUCUCAGUGGCGGCUCUAUUUCCGGGCUACAGGAGGCUGAGGUGAAGUGAGGGACUAGGAGGGAGCGAGGCCAAGGUCGGGCGGCUUAGUCCGAGUCUGGCCAGUUCGGUCCGGCCCCCUUCACCCAGGCCAUGGCCAGAACCCCCCCCACAAUUACAAGCCCACUCCACAAUCCAACUGAAUGUGACGGACACAUCUCAAUGUCGGAGCGGUGGAGAAUCACGCCGCCGGUUGAUUUGUCCGUGUCAACAUCUUCCUAUCCGUGUCAGGGAAGCCGAUAAAUUUUCAACAUAUGUGCGGUUGGAUUGCGAGGAAAGGGAGAGGCUGUUUCCGAUGGCUAAGCAAUAAGAACGAGACGAUCAGCAGAAAGAGGAUAUCAGCCAAGAUAACGGAGCAUCAUGAGUUGGAGGAUGUUGUCUAGUUUUCCGAGGUGUGCUGCCGGGCCAGUGAUUUACUGUGCCAAUUGCUGGAGUCAACGUGUGUGUGCUGUUUGGAUCGUAAAGACCCAUCAUGUCUUAAAAAGGAAGCUGAGCACUACAACAUCCUUAUUAAUAAAAACCGAACAGGUUUUCACUAAAGCUGGAAGUUUUGCAGAAAGACUUGCAAUUGUGGAUGAUAAUGGUCGUUACACAUACAGAGACCUCUAUCUAUACAGUCUGGCCCUUGCAAGAAAGAUUCAUUCUGCGCUAGGAUGUCUUGAUGGUGAUGUCAAGGAGCAAAGAAUUUCAAUCCUGUGUCCUAAUAAUGUCUCAUAUGUUAUCGCUCAGUGGGCAUCUUGGAUGAGUGGUGGAGUGGCUGUGCCCUUGUGCAAAAAGCAUCCAGCUCCAGAACUUGAGUAUGUUGUUCAGGACUCUCAGAGCACAUUAAUUAUUGUGGAAAAGAAUUAUUUAGAGUUAAUAACACCAGUUGCUGACAGACUAGGUGUGAAGUGUCUUCAGUUACCAGAUUACAGUCCGUUCCAAGAAUCUUCUGAUAAUGGACACCUGGAAAAAUGUGGUACUGCUCCUGUGCCAGAUGCUGGUUUUGUUGUCACAGACUGGAAAGAUAGGGGAGCCAUGAUACUGUACACGAGUGGGACAACAGGACGCCCUAAAGGAGUCCUCACCACCCACGGAAUACUAUGCCAUCAGAUUGCCAGCCUUGUGAAGCAAUGGGAAUGGAGCAAAGAUGAUGUUAUUCUCCAUGUUUUACCACUACAUCAUCUCCACGGAAUUCUCAAUAAACUGCUAUGUCCUCUCUGGGUGGGUGCAACCUGUGUGAUGCUGCCAGAAUUCACUCCCCAACGGGUUUGGGAGUACCUGUUGAAAACCGAUUGCACAGAAAUUCCUCGGAUCAACAUGUUCAUGGCAGUGCCUACUAUAUAUGCCAAACUCAUUGAGUACCAUACCAAGUACUUCAGACAGAGCCACGUAAAGGACUUUAUAUACAGUAUGUGCCAGAGCAACAUCAGGUUAAUGGUUUCAGGAUCUGCUGCUCUUCCUGAACCAAUACUGAAGAAGUGGAAAGAAAUCAGUGGCCACACAUUGUUAGAGCGAUAUGGAAUGACUGAAAUAGGAAUGGCUCUCUCCAAUCCAGUCCAUGGAGUCUGUAUCCCAGGAGCUGUUGGGACCCCUUUGCCUGGAACUGAGGUGCGCAUUGUGAUGGAAAACUCCACAAGGAAUCAUUCUUCCUACACUGUCAUCGCUGAGGGGAACAGUAGAGAAACUAAGGUGAAACCUGGAAUGGAAGGCAAGGAAGGAGAGCUGCUGGUUAAAGGAAAGUCAGUGUUUCGAGAAUAUUGGAACAGAACAAAAGAAACACAGGACUCAUUUACAUCGGACGGCUGGUUCAAGACAGGGGACACGGUGUGUUAUAGGGACGGGGUUUACUGGAUCCUGGGCCGCAGCUCUGUCGAUAUCAUUAAGAGUGGAGGACACAAGAUCAGUGCCCUGGAUGUUGAGCGCCACCUUCUGGGACAUCCGCAUAUUUCAGAUGUUGCAGUUAUUGGUGCCCCUGAUAUGAUCUGGGGACAGAAGGUGGUCGCAGUUGUGCAGUUAAAGGAAGGAUUUUCACUAUCCCAGAAGGAGCUGAAGGAAUGGGCCAGGCAGUACGUGGCCACCUACAGUCUCCCCACAGAGUUGAUCCUUGUGGAGGAAAUACCUCGCAACAAUAUGGGAAAAGUGAGCAAGAAAGAUCUGCUCAAACGCUUUUAUCCCACAACUAGCAAAUAGGCCAGAUUUCUCCAAGCCACACUUUCUGCGUCUUGCUAUCUCAGCGUCACAACAUAGUGAAGAUCCAGAACCUUCUCAGAUCCCACCUUGGUCUAACCCUCUCCAGUCAUCAUUGAUAGGGAACAAAUAACAGAAUGGGAUCAUUUGGGGACAGAAUGGUUGAACAGAGACUUGGUGCCCUUAAUAGCAUCAGGUGGAGCAUUGUCAAUUGGUCAUCUGUUGGCUGACCAGUUCAAAAAUCGGACUGUAGCCUAACUGCCAGGACAAAGACUUUUACCAUUAAAAAGGAAAUUUGAAUCUC